UUCUAUUCUAUGGCUACUUUAAAAUGACAAAUGGCGAGUAACUAAUUUUUUUAUGUUGCAAUACAAAUCUCGUAAAGAUGUAAAUUAUAGCAGGAAACGAACAUUUGCGUAAAUGUUACCAAGAAAUGUUAACGUCGUGAAUUUCCAGUGCGACAGGAAGUACAUAAUUCGGUUGCAAAUACGAACCCAUCAUUCAAUAUGAUUAUAACGUAGAGGCAUUGCAACGGGAAGAUCAUGGAUUCGCCAUCGUCUUCCACUUGGUCGGAACCUUGCAUUCUUAGCGAUGAUAGCGGUUUACGUUCUCUGUCCAGUGGCCGAUUUCUUACAGAAAUGAACUAUAGCGAUUGUGAUGUCAAGUCACUGUCACAAGCCGACUCGUUAGAUGGUAUGUCCGAUAUUAUGCACAGCGAAAAUUUCAAUACUCUCAAGAAGGGACCGCACUGUAACGACUCCUCCGACUAUAAGUUGUCGACGCCAAUAGAUCCACCCUUUCAAUUUCAAGACAAGCCGAAUCUGUUAUUGUAUAAGACCUUAGCCGAUAGUUUAAUGCCAAAAAUUCUUAGAGACGGUAUAAGAAGUUAUUGUCGAAUGGUUACGAAUUCGAAGCCAUCGUCGCGAGGGGAUAACCACUGCAGCAGUAACGUACAGAGUGGAUACCCUCUCGCCUCUUCUAGUCAGCCGGUUAUGUCGUACUGGACGUCCGAUUUCUUACAGUUCAGCAGUCCCCCGAGCUCUAGUCGUUCGCUGGUAUCAUCUCGCCUAUCCAGCUCUCACAACUCAUUAUCCGUCCCGACCGCUCAAAAAGUUGACGAUUCGAGUUUCAUCACGCAGGCCGUCUCGCACGACGUUCUAGUCGGCGGUCCGAUAAGUGACAUGUAUAACGUGCCGUUCGAUAGUGAUAUGUACGCAGUGCCUGUAGACGUAAUUAAGCAGCCGUUUCGGGCGAGACGGAUACAACCGCCUAAACGUAGGCGAAGGAAUACGUCUUGCUGUCACGAAUUUGACGAUCGCAUGAAGCAAUAUCGUCAGUACAACGCGAAAAAGUAUUAUAUUAAUUAUGUGCAAUGCAAUCACAUUUUGAAUGGCAGGGACGCGAUCGCGAAGAGACACAGCGUCGCGGCGUCGUCGACGAGUGUUGACGUCGAGCCGGUGCAGAUGACCUUGCAGCAAGUGCGCCAUUACUUACAGACGUUGUAUUCCAGUUCGUCCGAUUCCUCGCUGCACGUGGAUAAGGACAGCAGGAGUAAGAAUUCGGUCGUCGUUACUAAUAACAAUAAAUACGCCGAUAAUAAUCUUAUAAUUUCGUGUAACGGUCGAAAUUCGAGUCCAAAAUUUAAAAAAAGCGCCUUUUUAAUAAAUUUAAGGAAUAAACGUGUUAAAGAUUCAUGUGAUUUAGUAAAUAAGGAACAGAUUUCGGUGACUAAGACUAACAAUAAUAAUAAUAAUAACAAUAAUAAAACUAAGAAGUCUCCUCGGAUGUCCACAUUAAAACAAACAUUGUGCAAUAUAUUUAAAUUUAAGAAAAUUGUGUCGCCCAACAACAAAAAACCAUUGGAUGGCGACAGUAAUUAUGUGGAGAAUGUGAUGUCCCAUCAGGAAAGUCACAAACCCAUUACAAAUAGGGCUCUACCACCACUCCCCUAUAAGUCAGACGAGGGAGAAGAACAGGGAUUGGACUUCUCAACAAGUAUUCAAAAGGUGAAAGAUUAUGGUUGGUAUUGGGGUCCCAUAUCGAGCGAAGCCGCAGAGAAAGUCCUUUCGAACGAGCCGGAUGGAUCGUUCAUAGUACGAGACAGUAGCGACGACCACUACAUAUUUUCGCUUACCUUGAAGUUGAACAAUUCUGUGCGACACGUUCGCAUAGAGCACGACCAAGGAAAUUUUAGUUUCGGGAGUUGUACUAAGUUUAAGUCGCAAACGAUAGUGGAGUUUAUCGAGAAUGCGGUCGAGCACUCUCGAAGUGGGCGGUACUUGUUCUUUUUACAUCGACGGCCCGUUAUUGGACCAGUACGUGUGCAAUUACUCCACCCGGUUUCUAGAUUUAAGCAGAUUCAGAGUUUGCAGCACAUGUGCAGAUUCGUCAUAUUAAAAUUGGUGCGACGAGAUUUACUUUGUAAAUUACCGUUGCCGAGACGAAUGACCGAUUACUUAAAUACACCGUACUAUUACUCGGAGCAGCUCUCCGACGUAACCGAAGAGCAAGAAGAGAAUAAUGUGGUGCCCUUAUUUAGUAAUGCGCAAAUUACACAAAAUACGGUUGUCAUUGUGAAUAACAAUGCCAUCACGACCACAACUAGGAGUAAUCCUAGCGGUACUAGCAACUCAUCUAGCAAUGAUAGACAAUCCUGAAAUAUACCUCAGUUAGGGAUCUGUUUGUUCGUUUGUCAGAAACGUGUGUAACUUUCUACUACAACCCAUUUUUGAUAAUGAAUUACAUAUCAUCGCUAUAUUCAUUGCGCUUAACUGUAAUCAUUUCAUUCGUUCAUUGCUACUUAAAUGUUCUCCUCUAAUAUAAUAUAAAUUGUAAAUUCAUACAUUUUGUAUACAAUUUUUAGUGUU